AUGAAGUAUAAAUUUCAAGACUACUACACUGUGUACAGAAGUUUUGAGGUAGAAAAUGAAGCAGCAAAGUAUAAGAUGAGCUACACGUAUUUCAGUUAUGGGAAUGUUAGAGACCAGUUUAGUCAUCACAACGGCAUGAAGUUUACAACCAUUGGCUCUGAUAACGAUGUGUGGUCAGGUGGCAACUGUGCUGUAGACUACGGUAGCGGUGGUUGGUGGUACGGUGCUUGUCACUAUGUUAACGUCAACGGUGAAUGGGCGAGUCGUGUUGUUGCUAAAGGAAUUGAAUGGUAUACAAUUACAGGCUCGUCUGACUCUCUAGACUUUGUUGAAUUAAAACUUCGUCGGAUGUAA